CCUAUAUAUGUAGGGGAUCCGAGGGAGCUCACUCAUGGCUGACGGACGAAGCUACACUAGCAUGUUUCAGCAAUUCUUAUCAUGCGAUUGAGUGCGAAAACUCGAUUCCUAAAUUCAUGUGUCGUUGGUGGAUCGGUGGAUGGUUCGUCAAAGCUAGCCUGGCCAUGAUCGUUCGAAGUCUCAGUCCUCUUCGGGGCAGAUACUACCACUUGACUAACUCACUCCUGACCAACUCAAGUGUCCACUUGUGAGACUGGCAUUACACUUGUCUUUCGGUAGCAAUUAACGCGAUCUGUGUGUUUCUAAAUGUCAAAUGGUGAGGGCCCGAUUGAAAGCCAGACUAUUUCCUAGUCAGUCGGUGAAACCCAUCAUGAAUCCCCGACUCUCGAUGUUGCGAUUCACCAUCACCUUCCUCUUCAUCCUGACCUCGUUGUUCUACCUGAUUCGAUCCAAAUCGGCGGGGAGCUCGCCCAGCUAUGACAGUCUGUACAUUCGCAUGUGUCACAAUGCUUUGCCCGAAUUGGGACACAAGCUAAACCGAACUCAACCCGUGCUGUACAUUGUCACGCCCACUUUUGCCCGCCGGGAACAAGUGGCCGAGCUGACCCGGUUGGCUCAAACCCUACUCCAUGUCAGCAACAUGAUCUGGUUCGUGAUCGAAGAUGCCACGGAAUGCUUGCCCAUGGUGGGUGAACACUUGGCCCGACAUCAGAUCCCUUACGUCCAUAUGGUCUCUCCGCUCCCAGAGAUGUUUCUGGGCAAGGGUAAGAAGCCACGGGGCGUAUCGCAACGCAAUGCAGCUAUCCAGUGGAUUCUCACCCAUCCUGAACUUCCGGAUGGGGUGCUCUAUUUUGCCGAUGACGACAACACUUAUGACUUAAGAUUGUUCGAAGAUAUCCGCAAAACCAAGAAAGUGUCCAUGUUUCCCGUGGGUCUUUUGGCCAACACAGGCGUCAGUAGUCCCGUCGUGAUGAAUGGGCGUGUGGUGGGAUUUUCAGAUCCAUGGUUUGCUAAGCGGAAAUUUCCAUUGGACAUGUCGGGCUUUGCCGUGAAUAUUCGACUUUUAAGUUACAACCCGUCUCGAGUACCCAUGCCAUUUAUCCCUGGGUAUCAAGAAGACAAAUUUCUGCAAGGCCUCGUUUCCAGUUGGGAAGACAUUGAGCCCUUAGCUGAAAACUGUACCAAAGUAUGGGUGUGGCACACCACCACGGUCGAGACCCCGGCCGGAUCGUUUAGGUCAAAUAGUCCUGGCACUAAUCUUCAGGACUUAUUUCAAGAACUUCAAUCGACCGGUGUGAUAAAAACUUCCAAUACGGCUCCAGUUCUUCCAGUUUGUCAUGCAGACAAAAUAUGUGAAUAAAUCGAGGUACACCAAAA